AUGUCAAGCGACUCCAUCAGUUAUCUUGCUUCAAGCGAGAUCGACCGAAUCGACGAGUCCGUCCGCGUAAUGCGGGUUAUGGAAGAUUGGGAGGCCGAGCAGAUGCAUGGUGAGAUAAUUGGCGCCAAAGGUGCAUUCGUCCAUUUCAAUAUCGACGCAGGUCUGUUUAGCAUCUUCAUCAUGAUGUUCAAGGCUGGAUUCGUAUAUUACGCCAUUAAGCGCCCGUGGAUAUCGGGCAUGAUGGCCGUCGUGCUAGCCUUGGCGUUUCUCUUCUUAGGCCGCACCACGCUGACGCUCCGGCUGGCCGCCUGGAAGGACACGUGGCCGAGCGUGCAGCCGCUGCCCGGGCAGGUGUUCUUGGACCGCUACGGCGCCAAGCCCGUUUCGGGCAGCUCGUCAGGGCCGAGGGGCCCUGGACGCCCACUCCGAAGCCUCUCGAGCGGGGUGCGGCCAAGGAGAGUGCACCCAGACCACCUGCGGGAGCAGUCCCACGAGCCGCCGCUGCUCUCGCUCGUGUUCGUGCGCUGGAAUGGCACCGCCCUGGGGGUGUCCACGGAGGGCGACGGCAGCUGGGGCAGUUACGGCUCCCCGCCGAGCGACAUGUAUUUGUCGGCGCUCGUGGAGGAGGGCGUGAAGUCUCACCCGCAGCUCGGCGGCGCGGCCGGCAGCUACGAGGUGCUGUCCCUCUUCGUGCGCAACUCGAAAGAGGUGGCCAGCCUCAUGCCCGCGGCGCCCUGGCUGCGAGCCAGCCUGCAUGGUCAGAAGAGGACGCUCUUCUGGAUGGUGUGGCCCGCCGAGUGGCAGGACACCGACGAGAGGUAUUACGCCGGCUACGUCGACAAGCGCACGCUGUUCGACGCCAUGCGCACGUGCGAGGAGGCUGGCCUGCACACCGGCUUCCCGCACCCCUCCGACCUGUACGAGCUUAUCACGUCGAAGACGUGGAUGGCGUCGUUGUGCACCCAGCCCUCGGCACGCCUGCCGGCCGCGACGCUCGUCG